AUGCCCGGCGCCAGCGUCGCAGUCCUCCCGCCACAAGCGGCCUCGACACCUUCCUCGCGGAAGGCAUCUCUCGCGCCAGAACGCAAAUACAAGUGCCAGUUCUGUAACAGAGCCUUCAGUAGAAAUACCAAAGAGAGACCUUUCAAAUGCAUGAAAUGUAGAAGUACGUUUGUCAGACGCGAUCUACUUCUCAGGCAUGAUCGAACUGUGCACGCAAAGGAUGGAGGUGUCCCUCUACACAGCGAUGGCAAACGCCGUGCAGGCGGCCCCAAGACGCGCGCAAUUGGCGGUCCAUCCAAGACCCAGUUGGCUCUGGACACGUCAACCUUGGAGCAGAUGGAAGUGGGCAAUGAUAGCCUUUUUGACGUAGAAGCUGCUGCCAUGCUUGUAGCCGAUUUGCAUCACAAGGCUACUGCUGCUAUGCGUGGUGACGAUAGCACCUACGAAGACAAUGCUUCCUUGGCAUACUCACCUCAUGGAUCAACUAUCAUGGAAUCUACCGUCACAUAUCCCUCAGGUGCUAUUGCAUUGCCUCAGAUGCAGUGGGAUGGCUUCAUCCCCCCGACUGUCAACGAACCCAAGACUCAUUCAAUAUCGUCUAGCGCGUCUGGGUCCUUCGAAUCGCAACAAUCCUUCACCUCGAACGCUACCAUUCAACCUCGCGCAAACCAGCUUCCUCCUAUGGCUGGACAACAUGGUAGCGGCCUUGUGCCCUCCCUGCAGUCCAUUAUUCAGGCUCUCCCUGACGCUAUUGCCGGAACGCCUACUCCACAAAGCCCUUCCCUCGUUGAUCCUGCUCAUGCUGGCUUUCACCCUCCACAGGUGGCAGGGGACGAACAACGAAACGUCAUUUUGGAUAACAUUCGCAGCUAUGAUCGUGAGCACGCGAUUCCUGAAGGGUUUCGCCUGCCUGGAUUGGGGUCCUUGAACCGCUAUCUGUCAACUUACUUUGGUUUAUUCCAUCACCAUCUGCCUUUCCUCCAUCCAGCAUCUUUCAAUCCUUCGCAGGUGUCACCCCCGUUGCUUCUGGCUGUCCUCAGCAUCGGCGCACUUUACGCUUUCGACCAGGACCAGGCGUACAUGCUCCACAUUGGCUCCAAAGUGCUCGUCAACCAAUUUCUCCAAAACAAGGAGAAUUUCAGUUCGCGGAAAUGCCCUCUCUGGACCAUGCAGAGCUCGCUUCUCAACAUGAUCUUUGCUAGCUGGAGUGGGGACCCCAAAGGCUUGGAGUGGGCUUGCUCAAUCAAGAGUUUGCUGGCCAACAUGGUUGCCGGCAAUAGAUACGAGCUGAAACUUCGCCAGGAAGCACGGGACUCCGCCAAGCCAAGCCGGGCAGAAUGGAUUGAGGAUGAGGGUUGCCGUCGCACUUACUAUGCCGUCUACAUUUUUUUCGGCCUGCUAACCUUGACAUACAACCAUACCCCGGCAAUCAGCUUUAAUGAAUUCGAGGAUCUUCAACUACCAUCUACGGAAGCUAUGUGGAAUAUGCAAGGCACUGAGGACGGUGCGUGGUCAGAGCUCGUUAACAACGCCACUGCAGUUACAUUUAUGGAGGCCCAUGACAACCUCUUUCAAGGCGAAACUCUCCGAUACAGCGCCUUUGCAACUCGCGUGAUGAUCAAUGCUUUGUUCCUAGAAGUUUGGUAUCACAAGCGCAGCCCUGAGGCUCUUCAGGAUGUUGUAACGGAAUACAAACUCCGCCUCGCCCUCGAAACCUGGGAGAAAUCGUUGGAUAUGUGCGAACCAGAGACGGUUGCUGUCCCGCUGAGUGCACCACACAAAGGCCAUCCCCUAAUCUUCAAUGCCAAGGCAAUGUAUCGCAAUGCUCGUGCGCGAUUGGAGGUCGACUUGAAGAGUGUACAAGAGGCUCUCCGUUAUCAUGAUCCAUAUGAAGUGGCUGCUGCAAUGUCUCACGCCCGCGAUCGCGUAAAGCGAUCGAGUGAGAUGAUCAAGGUGAUUGAAGAGUGUUACGUCUGCAUUGAAACUGCUGUGGUCCAAGGAGUUCGCUGGGUUGCUCGCACUUCGCCGACAAAUUGGAGUGUCGAACAUCCACUGUGCGGCAUGGAUCUGAUGAUCAUCCUAUCCUUGUGGCUCUAUCGCCUGGAACAUGACGAAGAGCCAGCAACUCAGGAGGAACUCGCCAUGUAUAACAAAGUUCGACAGCUCUUUGCUAAAGAUCUCGACGAAAGCUACAUGUCGCAAAUGAGCUCAAUUGUGACCCGCCUCUGGGGUUCCAUGCUCGACGAAGUAGUUGUUUGGGGCAUAACUCGUCUAAUGGGCGAAUCCUUCAAACUGCACUCCCAGGCACUGGUCGGCUAUGUCGACGAUCUCGAAGCUUCCUCAAAUGUCUCUACCCCGUCGAUGACCUCGCAGGGGGCAGACGAGGACAGCGUGUAUUAA